GCUCUCGCGUUCACGGUGAAAGCGGAGAAGAAGCGAGCUCGGCGCGAUGCUCGGCUGGUGUUCUCCCUCUUGCCUGCGCUGAGGAGGGGCCGAGGGAACGACGCGGAGAGGCUCGACGGCGCAGUGCAGAGUACACGGAGCCGCGGUGACAAUUGUCGGGGAACGGGAGCAUCCGCUGGAGCAAAGAGGCUCGAGUGCCCGCGCGUCCAACGGUUCGAGAAGCUUCGCAGUUCUUUCGAGGCUGGACGUUCCGAAUUUAGUGAGAAAAGUUGCAACCGCGGCUCUGCAAGCGUCGGGGGCCUUUGCUUGAGGUCGGGUCGGUCUCGGGGGGCUCGAACAUGUCCGGGGGGGUCCGGACCCAGGUUCCGUGGAAUCGCGAUCACCGGAAGUGACCAGGGCCGAAGGGACUGGGGACCGGACGAUGCGAGGAGGCUCGGCGAAGAGCAGAAGCGUCCCCGAAGUCGCUGCACGCGGUUUGAGCAUUUAAAAUGGUGAAGGCAUCGAGACCUGGUGGAAGGGCGCUCGGAGCAGCCCGGAGACUCCGUUGCACGAGGCUCCUCAUCCUCUUCCUCGCGAUCGGCCCGAGCUCCACCGCAGCCAGGCGACAUUUUCAGUAUCAACGGAACGAGGCUCUGCCGACGAGGUUCCCGGACGUCCGGCGCGCCCCCCACGAGCCGAGGGACGACCAGGAGCCCCGGGCCUACCGACUCGCCCUCGAGAACGACUUCGAGGAACCCGCGGCUGCUGCAACCUCCUCGGCGAGCCGCAACAACCCCCACGUCAGACGGCACGCCCCCGAGCACUCCAACUCCCGACGCUUCGUCGACGAAUUCGAGCUCGACGAGAGCCUCGACUCCUGGAACAAAGAGGACGACACCGCGGAACCCAGCAGCCCCGAAAACCUCGCUACUUUCCUCAGAAACUUGGCCGACACUCGCAACAUCCGGUCCCAAGAGUUCAACGGCGACGCUGUCCAACCAGGCCGGAGGGGCGGACGCAGGAGGAAGCUAACGAGCCACGAGCAAGGCCUGCUCCUCGUCGAGACACUCCGGAAAAAGCGCAACUACACGAGCCCCGGGAAGCCUGGGGGCGCCGACGACUAUCGAGGCUACUCGAGCAACGCUGUUAACAGUGGAAUCAUGGAUAUGCUCGGUAGAAUGAUCCCCCAAACCUGCAAGUACAAAGGUGCUAAGUUCGAGUGCGGUUUGAGCAUAAGUUGCGUCCUCGGUGGCGGUCGCCCCGUCGAUCUGUGCUCGGGUGGAUUAAUUUGGAGCUGUUGCGUCGACGACGACGAUAUUCCUGACAAAGUUCCUAGACCGAGUGUCGGUUUGCUACAAAAUGCGACGUUCUCGUUAAACCUGGCGAACCAGCGUCCGUACGUUGACGAGGAGGUGAAUAUCUACAGUUCGGGGCCUGGUUUGACGCGGCCGAAGCCGCAGGAGCACUUCCAUCACGAGUCGAUGUCGACGCGGCCGUCGCUGGGCAAUUCGCCGGGGCAUUUUUACACGAGCAUGAACGCUGUUAAGCCGACGAGCGUGCCGUACGAGCAGAAUUUCGGGGGGAGUUGGGAGCACGAGAACCGUCCGAACGAUUUGAUCUACGAGCGUCCGUACGCGAAACCGGAUCGACCGGAAAUCGGUCCGUAUCAACCGAUCGGCGAUUACGGCCAGCAGCAGGACGAUUACGAGAGCUCGGGGCCGUUCCUGAGGCCCCAGGAAUCUCACUCUUACCACUCCUCGUACCGGGGCUGCGGCGAACUGUACACGCGAAGCAACCGCAUCGUGGGUGGGCACAGCUCCGGAUUCGGCAGCCAUCCGUGGCAGGCGGCGAUUAUCAAGUCGGGAUUCCUGUCGAAGAAACUCUCCUGCGGGGGCGCCUUGCUGAACAACCGAUGGGUCGUCACCGCCGCCCACUGCGUCGCCACGACACCCAACAACAACCUUAAGGUCCGCCUCGGCGAGUGGGACGUUCGGGACGCUGCCGAAAAGUAUUUGCACGAGGAAUACAACAUCGAGAGGAAAGAAGUCCACCCGCAGUACUCGCCAACCGAUUUCCGCAACGAUGUCGCACUCGUUAAACUCUCGAGGGUCGUGGCCUUCAAGCAGCACAUUGUCCCGGUCUGCCUACCAGCGAGAAACCUCAAACUAUCGGGUCGUACGGCCACGGUUGCCGGCUGGGGGAGAACUCGUCACGGUCAGAGCACCGCACCGUCGGUACUUCAAGAGGUCGACGUCGAGGUAAUACCGAACGAGCGAUGCCAGCGAUGGUUCAGGGCUGCUGGUCGCCGGGAAACCAUUCACGACGUCUUUUUAUGCGCUGGAUACAAAGAAGGGGGUCGAGAUUCUUGCCAGGGAGAUUCGGGAGGCCCGUUGACGAUGGCGGUCGAGGGGAGGCACGUCCUCAUCGGUUUGGUGUCCUGGGGAAUCGGCUGCGGUCGGGAGCACUUGCCCGGUGUUUAUACGAACAUUCAAAAGUUCGUUCCGUGGAUAGACAAAGUGAUGAGUUGAGACGAACAAGAGUUGAGAAAGUGCGAGAUUAUAAAUCGGGCGAUCGGCUUACCGGCUCAUCUCGGGGACGAUGGAAAUGCGUCCGGGUAAACCGACUGUAAUAUGCUCAUGACGGCAUUUGUGUACGACUUUUAAUCGAUGAGCUGAAAGCGACCCUCGAUCAAUGUGAAAGCCCCAAAGACUUUUUCGAGCUUUUCGAACCUCCGUGAAUUUAUUUCAUUAUUUGUAUUAUAAUAUUUAAUAAUAUUUAAGCGUUUAUGUUUUUGUAUCAUAUAAUAUUUAUGCGUGGCCGAAGCUCCGUCGGCGUUUCAGCGUCAAAUAACGACUUUUUUUUAUUAGUUUUAUUAGUUAUUCAAUUCCGUACAGAUUUUUUGAUUAAACGAUAAUAUUAGGGUU